AAUCCAAAGCCUCGUUGCAUGAUUCUUGUAACAGAGACCUCUCUGUGCUCCAACACAAAAUUUAUUUCUUUAUUUAUGCUCCAUGUUUGAAUUGUGUGCCUGGUCAAUGCAUCCAUCUAUCGACUUUGGAGAAAAAACUGCAUUAAAGUCCUUGAUUAUUUUUAAUUAUUACAGAAAAUAUAAUCAUCACGGAAAAGAGGUCUACGUCCAUGUCAUGCCCCGCAAGUAAGAAGAGUAGAUCAAAACUAGGAAAAUUUAUUGAUGGAGGGGGCAUCAUCCUUGAUGCUGACCUUUGUAUCCUAACCUUACAUUUUGGUCUGAUGGGAGGGUUACAGAACCAGAAAUGAAAGGGGAAAUGCGAUUUAAACAUUCAAAUAGCACUGUUCAGUUUCCAUCUUCGCCACUGUUUCUUUUGUUACCAUUUAUAAGCAAAAUUUUGUCAGUCCUCCCAUGUGUAGCAGUGUAGCUAGAGAGAUCAGGGUUUGUACAAUUUCCUUGCAGGGGUGGGUCCAUGACAUGUUGAUAUGGAUGUCACUCAUAUGAAGAGUCAUCCUUGGCCAACAAACAACUUUCACAGCUUGCAAUUCACAUGACUGGCUAGCCAUUCCUAUGAGCUGAAAUGGGUGACAUCUCUUUACUUCAAAACACCUCAGGUGGGUUACUUACUGAGGGAGCUGAUGAGAGAGUGAAAAUGUUGCUUAAGUACUUCAAAUCAGAAGAAGACAUGGGAUGUGGUGAUAGUUUUGCUGAGAGAGCUGAAUGGUACUACCAGAAACGCCCUCAACUUCUUGCUUCGCUUCAAGACUUGUACAAUGGGUACACAAUCUUGCUGGACAGAUGCAAUAGAAUGGAGAAGGGCAAGAGACUUAGCAAACAUCUCUCUUCUCCAAUGUCAAUCACCUCUGAUGAUGAUCAAGAUCAAGAAGACAGUCGUGGAUCUAGCAGCUGCCAGUUUCUUGAUUGGGAUGCUGAGAGCUCACUGUCUUACCAACAACCGCCGACCCCUUUUCAAGAUGGAUGUAAUACCAUUCUUGGCAUUGAUGAGAUUGUAGCGGAUCUCGUAAUGAAGAAUGUAGGGAAUGACAUAUUAGCAGACCAGCUUAGUGACAUGGAGAAGCAGCAGCUAGGUCAAGAAUCAAUAUGGAGGAAAGUAGAGUUGUUAAAGAAACUUCUUGAGGUGUUAGAGUCAGAGAGGAUAGUGUUACAGAAUGAGAAUGUUAGAUUGGGGUACAAAAUGCAAGCUUUAUUGGAAGAAAACAAAGGGUUGUCAUCUGAGGCUAUGUUCAUGAAGAGGAAAGCUGGUGAACUUGCUAGGUGUGUGUUAAAGAUGAGGGAGGACCACAGGGUUUGUAUGCUAACUAGGAAAAUUGAGGAUCUUCAAGGGCAGAUAUAUGGGUUGGAGAUGAGAAACAAGGAGUACUAUCAACAGUUGUUGAAGAAAGAGGAGCAUCAGGAAGAUAAAAUUAGCAGCAGCAGCAGCAAAGAUGGUGGGGUCGCUUUUGUGGGUUGUUGCUUCCAACUGGAGAAGCUGAAGUUGAAGAAAAAGAAUGAAGCAUAUGUUGGGAAUGGUGGAUGGUCAAAAUGGUGGAGCAAGGUCAAGAACAUGGACAUGUUUUUGUGUGGCUUUCAGUGCUCCCCUUGACAUGGCGUGGCUAGUUUCCAGACAGCUACCACCUCUGCAUCAGAUGGAGUUACAGGCAGCUGAUAUCGUUAGUUCUCUCUUCUGGUCUUGUUUUCUGUUUGAGCCUGAUGGAAAUUAUAAUGUUAAUCUAAUUAAAUGAUUUGACUAGCCAUGAGAAGUUAUUCAUUGAAGUCUUGGUUGGUGAACAA